AUGCCUCCCGAUGUGUUCGACAUCGAGGAGGAUCUGCGGUUGCUGAUCUCGGCGACCAAUGCCGUUCAACGAGUCGGAGGACUACGGCUGACAACAGCGACCUGUCUAUCGGAAUUGCUGCCACUCUGCCCGGUUCUGCUGACAAACCCUGAUGUCGGUGAUGGAACGCUGAAACAUCUGGCGCAGUUUUUGUAUAAUUUGGGUAUUCACAACGUCUCCCUCCGACGCUACAUGAGCGCAGAAUUGGAGCUUUGCGCAUCGCUUUGGCAAGCUCUAAGAAUUUCUCUGCGUGACCAGGCUGAUCCGGACGUCUUGAUGAGCUUGAUCAAGCUUUUCCAGGUACUCACCUACGAGAAUUGCGUCGUGCUCGGCCCGUGGGCCAAUGAUUUGAUUUCGUUUUUGAUCCAGGAAGUAAUCCGGGAACCCGAGCCCGAAUGGCUACCAUUUGCCACUGCAAUUUUGUGCAAUCUUACCGUAAGAUCGAAGAAUGCUGGGGCGAGGAUCAGGAAAUCGUCCAACUACCGUCCGUUUUCAAAGAAGCUGCUCCACUUCCUUCAACACGACUCUCGAUUGGUUGUCGUCUCCUGCCUCGUGCUCGUCGGCUACCUUGCGGAAAAGCUGCGAGAUGUGGUCUACGCCCCGGCCAACCUGUCCAUGACGUUCAAGUGCGUUUUUAACGUAUUGGCAAUUGGUGAGGCCCCACUAACCCGACAUGUGGCCUGCGACCUAUUGAAACGGAUGCUGAUAUCGGAGACACCUACGGUAUCCUCCCAGCCGCUGCCAACUUCAACCGGUCGUGAACUUGCGACUUACUCGGAUUUUGCGGAGUGCAUCCAAAAAGUUGCUGGGCUUUUGCUGACGCUGGAUCCAUUGCUAGAAGAGAGUGGAAAGAUCCUGGAGCUCCUCACCUCCCUGUGCUCCCUACAAAAUCUCCGCUCCGCCGUUUGUCAAGCGAUUUUGCAUUGGAGGAGUUCCGGCGGGGAGCUGAUUACACCAAUCAGCGUCCUCUCCAAGACAGCCUGCCUGCCCGUGUCGAACUCGAUGGACGCCCAGACGCCGAUCAGAGCUUUGAGGUUGCUGAAUAUACUUUUAAAGGAGGCCGUCGAUAUGGAUCGUCACGUAGCGGACUACAUCCCAGCUCUUCGACUAGUUCAAAUUGUGGAAGAAAACGUGAAAACAGAUCUGGACACCGGAUCUCCGAAUGCUGGGACGAGAUGUCAGAGGAUAGCCGAGGGGUUACGGUUGGCUGAGGUGCUUUCACGUGACGAUGAAAUCCGUGCCACUCUGCUUGGCGUCACUUCCAGCCAACUUUGCGGCCAUCUGGCACAGUGCCAAUUUCUGACGAACCCAGUCUCGGAGUAUAUGUCACGACCGCCACAAGCUAGAACUGAUCCACUUCCGGAAUGGAGCGAACACGGCACGUCGAUCGUUCUGGCCCUAUUUCUACUACUGAACUCCUUGAAAGACUCGUCAAAACCGCACAAGGAGCAGUACUGGAAGCUGUUAAGGGACGCUCGCCUGGUUCCGUUUUUGGCCUUCGCGCUGACGAGUGGACAACAUCAACAGGUGUUCAACGCGCUCUACGUCCUCUUCCACUGUGCCCAGGUGGACGAAUUUGAUCGGAGAGGACUCGCUGAUAUGGUCGCUUCAAACGUAAUCGAAAAACAGCUAAAGUGGAAGCACGCCGUGGCAGCCUCGCUGGAUACGAGCAGAGAAAAUAGAAGGUCCACCGACUCGGAGGUGCUCACCGAAAAAGCUGAGACGUCAAAUAGGGUCUCGUCCGUACUUGAUGACGUCGUUAAUCAACUUGGAAACGGGUUAGAGAACCGUACGCAGCCGUCCGCUUCACUAGUUGCCAGUCUCGAAGAGAAAAUCGCCAAGCUACAAGCUCAACUGACUAGCCGGGAAGCUUCACUGUUACAUGCUGAGCGGCUGCAACGAUUUGCGACUUCUGGAGAGUCUGAGCCCCUCUUCCUACGAACCGAAAAUGAGAAGCUGACGGACAGAAAUCGGAUACUGGAAGCCGAUCUAUCCGAUGCACUAGCAGCUAAAGAAGUUCUCGUGGAGGAAAACCGGAAAGAAAUGCAAAUUACGGCCCAAUUCCGGCAGGCAUGCCGGGAGAUGACCGAGAAGUUUGAGAGAGCCUCCAGCCUGGCUCUCGAAAAACAAGCGAAAAAUGAAGAACUAAUGCUCGACAAGAAGAUUUUGACGGACGACUUGGCAGAAUCAAGAAGACAAACCGCCGAGCGGGACACCGAAAUCCUGGCCAAAAAUGAGAAGCUCGGAUCGCUGGAGGUCGAGCUAGCCGCAAACAAACGAAAAGCCACGGCGGCCAACAAACAACUCGAAGACUGUGAGCGUCGACUGGCCACCGUCAAUUCGGAUGCAGAGCAACGAAUCGAGGGGAUACGAAAAAUGUACGAAAUGGAGCGCCAAAUGGAGAAGAAGGCGGUUGAUGCAGAGAGGGCGGGCUUGGAAGCGAUUAUUAGGGAAUUGAAGGAAAAGGCGACCGCUGCUGAAGCCGAAAAUCUCAAACACGCUGCGGAACUCGAAAAAAUGAAGUCAUGCUUUGUGGAGACAAAUAUCCCGACGAUCGGUAUCGAUUUUACCGGGAAAACGGUGAUUGUCGAUGGGAGGGCUGUCCGGAUCCAGAUUUGGGAUACGGCUGGGCAGGAGCGUUUCCACAGCCUCAUCCCGGCCUAUAUUCGAGAGGCCAGAGGGGCAGUUGUGAUGUUUGAUGUGACGAGCCGCGAUACCUUUGCGGAGUUGCAUAAAUGGGUGGAUAUCGUCCGAAAAAAGAGCACCAAUGAUGUGGCAGUCAUGAUUUGCGGGAAUAAAUCGGAUAGAGAGGACCGAGAGAUUUCCGAAGAAGAAGGGAAGCGGAUGGCCGUGGAGCUGGGAACGACAUAUUGCGAAACUUCCGCAAAAGCUGGCCACAAUAUUAAUGCACUUUUCGAGGCGAUAGCGCGGCAGUCCCUGGCCACUACCCACGAGGCUCCUACAGAAGAAAAAGUGGUCCUAGACUCGUUCGAGGCGCAUCGUGAUCGCGAGAAAAAUUCGUGUGCCUGC